GCCGCGUGCGCCCGUGCGCGUGCGCUGAGCACGAGCGCCGUGCGCGCACGCAUCACGCCCCUCGUCAUGCCAGCCAUGAGUCCCACCAUGACCGAGGGCGGCAUUGCGCGCUGGGCACUCGGGCCCGGCGAUGCAUUCAGUGCCGGCGAUGUCAUCCUGGAGAUUGAGACGGACAAAGCCACGAUGGACGUCGAGGCUCCCGACGACGGAGUGUUUGGCCAGGUCGUCGUCGAGGCCGGCGCCAAGAAUGUCCAGGUCGGCGACGUCAUUGCCAUGCUUGCCGAGGAGGGCGAUGAUCUCAGCAACAUCCAAGUGCCCACCUCACGCAUCUUCCCGAGCGUGGCGCGUCUGCUUGCCGAGUCGGGCGUCAAGGGCUCAGAGGUGAAGGGCACGGGAGUGAGGGGCAUGCUGACCAAGGGCGAUGUCUUGGCGCAUCUG